CAUGAACUUAACGACCUCUAGCUGGGGCGAAACGAGAGGUCUUCUCACGCUUCCUCGAUUUUAUAAAUGGAAACGAAAUAAAGCGACUAGAAAAAUACCCGUCAGAUUUAUUAACCUUGCAAAGCUGCCGAAACGCCUUCUUUUUGAAGCAUCUUUCAACAGUCGCCUUCUCUCCUUAAAAAUUCGUUUAAAAAGGAAAUUUAUAUCUGAAAAUUUUAGUAGAUUGUACGACGAUGCCGGAAAACGAAGCAUACUCGUAAAAGAGCGUUUACCAAAUUGCUUUUACGAAGGAGACGUUGAAGAUGGUGGAUUUAUAGUAUUAAGCGUCUGCCAUCCUUUACGUGGCGUUUUGGGAAUAGGAGAACGCAUAUACCUUUUGCAUCAAACACGCAAUCCGAAUAACCAGACGGAUGGAUCAACUGUAUACGUUUGGACGGAACUAACUAGCUCUAUCACUUCCAAAUCUUGCGGUAAUUGUCAAUCGGGAAUGUGGAAGUCAUUGGAGAAACUUAAUGGAGCUUUAUAUAAACGGAAUUUGAAGUUGAUCAAACAAGAUAGGAUGAAGAACAGACAGCCUGACAUUCUGAAUGUUGCUUUAUUACUUGAUCAUUCCCUACUUACUUCCCUAAACGAAGUUAACCUACCGAUAGUCGGUGAGACUUUGCUAACGGCGGCUGUAGCUGAUAAGCUUUUGGGAAAAAUCAAUAUUAAGUUGGGCGUCGCUUAUAUGGAAAUGUGGAAUAAACGAGAUCACAUACCGAUAACAUUGUCAAUUAGGGAAACUUUGCACAAUCUGGUUGGAUAUUGGACAAAAAGCAUACGACCUCCCAGGGCAAGAAUAGCCAUACUUUACACAGCGAAAGAUUUUUCAGAUGAUAAGCAACACAUUGCUUUACCCGACUCAUUGUGCACAUCAAGGGCUUUAGCUGUUGUAAAGUAUUCGGACAACGUCCAUGAAAGAAUCGAUUCAACCUUCCAUUCUAUUCUUAAUUUAAUUGGAUUUAAUGAAUCUGAUUGCAGCUGUGGCGAUUCAGAGUGUAUGAUAGAAAGAGGAACGAAUUUUAGAUUCUGUUGGGAAAAUAUCCAGAAGGAAAAGUUUUUAAAAGUCCAUGCUCAUUGUUUAUUUCCCUACGAAUCCUCCAUAUCCUUUCCUCAACGUUGCGGUAACGGAAUCGUGGAAAGAGGUGAAGAAUGCGAUUGCCGUAGUAGAGAGUUUUCUUCAAAUAGGAAUGCAUCAAUUCUGACCCUUGCUGUGAUCAUAACACUUGCCUGCUGCAAUCGUGGGCCACGUGUAGGUCGGGAAGUUGCUGUCGGAAUUGCACAGCACGUGUGCAGGGAAGCGAUAGGAGAAUGCGAUGUACCGGAAUACUGUAACGGUGUUAGCGGCGAGUGUCCACACAAUGAAUAUGUAAGAGAUGGCGAAAUCUGUACAGGAAGCUAUUGCUACGCUGGGGAAUGCAUCACUUCCACGGAUCAGUGCCGCGCCAUCUGGGGUCCUGAUUCUGAGGCGGCCGAUAACGAAUGUUUUAGAAUAUAUAAUGUACAUGGUAACUUCCAAGGUCAUUGUGGGGUAGAGGGUCAAAAUUAUAAAAAGUGUGACGAAGAAAAUGUUCGAUGCGGCCUGUUACAUUGCCGUGGAGGAAACACACAAAAAAUGACUUAUCACACGGAAGCUGUAGAGUCAUUUCUUGGAAGUUUACAUUGCAAGAGCCUCAUGAAGAAAAGCAGUCAGGCUUUAGUAAGAAAUGGCACAAAGUGUGACGAAUCAUCAAUUUGCCUAUCAGGAAAAUGUACACAUUUAAAAGAAUUGCGUGUUUCGGAUUGCCCAAGAGGUUUACAUAGAAAACUUUGCUCUGGAAAUGGAAUAUGCAGUAACCAAGGUAGAUGUUUCUGUAACAAGGGAUAUACUGGAGAAAGCUGUGAGUACGUCAGACCGACUGACAAAAUGCCGAUGGGUGAAAUUUUUAGUCUAAAUAAUCGACCUGAUACGACUCAGGCCGAUGAUUUACUGCAAAGCUCGAAAGAAAAGAAGAAUUCUUUAUUAUGGCUUAUUAUCGUUCUUUCAUGCGGUGCUGGAGGAGCUUUUCUUUGUUGUUUUAUCUUUAUCGUUUGUUAUAGGCGUCGUAGCCCGAAGAGACUUCAAAGAAAGAGUCAACGAAAGUUAUACUUUAAUAAACAACUCUUAAAUGCCACCCAGAAUGGCUCUUUCUACGAAGCAAUUAAUAAUGAGAACAGAAUUAUAUCUUUUGGAAGCAUGCCUACAUACCGAAAGGAGAAAAAAGAUAGAAGACAACGUAGAGAUACUCCAUCACUAAGUGAAGCCGAAAGUGAAAACACAGAAGAAAAGCAAUUAGCUGUUGAUGGCCUCCUUCGUAAGCCUGAUAGAGGCAUUUUAAAAAAUUCUGCUCCUAAUACAGUACAGGAAAGUGAAGGACCCAAUAAUAUAGCAAAUAUGCUUGAUACAGAACUUCAAUCGAUCAAACAAACAUUUGAUACUGCCGAAGCCGAUUCUUGUGAUUCGUCGUCUGAUUCUGAUUCUACUGAAUGCAAUGGAUCCUUGUCAACGCCAACUCCCCCCCCUCCUCAAACUGACCCGAAUCGAUCAUCGAAUAACAUUGAAAAUUUGCUAAAACAGAUUGACGUCGCAGCGAGAAAUCUAGCUGAAGCUACAGCCAAAGCUCAGCAACUCUCCCCGUCCAGUGGUGACGCAGAAAGCUCCCUUAAGCUACAUCCAAACAAAAAGUGCAAGAGGUCACCAAACCCUAUUUAUGAAAAUCCCUCCCAAAUGCGGCAAGAAUCUCCAAGACUGUCUCUUCACCCCCACCGCAGUCCAAAGCGAAGGUCUCAAAGUCCUAUCUAUGCACCCUUAUCACUUCCACCCCCAUACUCGACUUAUUCUCCUCUUCCCAUCUCAAGUUUGUCCAGUCCCUCAUCAUCACCAACGUCUAACCGACGGCCCCCAAGCCUUCUUCCUUUACCAAGUGCCUCUUGCAAAAUGACUAUUCAAAACAAUCCGCUCUAUGAGUAUGAAAUGACAGCUGUGGGGGGUAAAAGUGAACCAUUAUUGGAUGAAUCAAAAGCUCCAUCUGUUGAAUUCCAGAACAGUGAAGGGUAUCAUUCAGAUAGUGCAACAACAAAACAUAGUGAAACUUAG